AUGAAGCCACCAGCGCUACGGCCCUGGCUUCCCACUUCAGCUCUACGACGGCGUCCUCACUUCCGCAGGCCAUACGCCAUACACUCGCCGGGCGCCCCAACUCUCCAGAUCUUCAAUGAGAAUGUGAAGUACCUCCAGAAAGAACGGGCGGCUGCAAAUGCAGAAUACAGCCGCAAGGUCGAUUAUCUGAAAGACGAAGUGGCCCAGCGGCUCGUCGACCGACUCCUCGACAUCAAUCGCGAAUUCCCUCGUGUGCUUGACUUGGGUGCCAACAGCUGCAAUAUCGCACGAGCACUGUCAAAGCCACCGUUGAUUGCGCCAGAACUGCCAGAAGGAGCAGCAGAUGCCAAAGUUCCUCUCUCGGAACGGAUACAUCAUCUCACCUGCGCGGACACUUCUCCCACAGCCCUCCACCGUGACGAUUCGCUACCUGCACCCGCAGUCCCCAUCUCUCAAGAAGUCCUCCCAUCUCUGGAGACCCUGCCUUAUGAGACCAACACUUUCGACGCUGUUGUUUCUUCUCUGUCCCUCCAUUGGAUCAACGACCUCCCUUCGGUGCUAUCAAGCAUAAACAACAUCCUCAAACCCGAUGCCCCAUUCCUCGCUGCCAUGUUCGGCGGAGACACCCUCUUCGAAUUACGCUCGUCGCUGCAAUUGGCCGACCUUGAGCGCCAUGGCGGCGUUUCACCGCAUAUAUCCCCCUUAGCAGACGUCAGAGACGUGGGGAACUUGCUCGGUCGAGCUGGGUUCAAGCUCCUGACCGUCGAUGUCGACGAUAUCAUAGUCGAAUAUCCCGACACGUUUGCUUUGAUGACGGAUAUUCAAGCCAUGGGCGAGGGAAACGCGAUCCUCAAGUCUAUGGGCGGUCCCAUGAGCCGGGAUGUGUUGUUGGCGAAUGAAGCCAUAUACAGAGAAUUGCAUUGCAAAGAGGACGAAAAGGAUAGAAUACCAGCCACUUUUCGAGUGAUUUACAUGAUCGGGUGGAAGGCUGGCCAGGGGCAACCACAGCCCUUGGAAAGAGGAAGUGGGAAUGUCAAUAUGAAGGAUAUACUAGGCGGUGGAGAAUUCAUGUAG